AGAGACACGACGAAUAUAGCGUUACCACAAAGUACUUAAAAGCCGCAUUUUAAGAACUUGCUAUUGGUCACCGAGUCUAGCUAGCUUUGUUAACAUUUAACUUGCGCGGUCACCCCUGCACCGGAAGUGAUAUUUGUAAUGAAGCGGAAUGCCGCUUGCCAUUGAAUUGUUUAACAUUACUCCGUAUGUGUGACACUGUUAGCUAACCAUUCCAAGUUAUUGAUAUCACCUCUACAGUCACCGUCUGCCCCGUUACAGACACGUGAUCAAUGACAGCUUUGGUCAGCCAUGGCUGCCAUGUCAUGGAAGGAGAUUUUACUUUUGACUGGACUGGUGGUGGGAUGUUACUGGAACAGUCUGUCGUGUGGCUUCGCGUUUGAUGAUGUCUCUGCGAUCCUUGAUAACAAGGACCUACGGCCCUCAACCUCUCUCCACAAUCUAUUCCGUAAUGACUUCUGGGGAACACCCAUGUCUGAGGAGCGGAGCCAUAAAUCUUACCGACCCUUUACCGUACUCACCUUCCGUCUGAACUACCUCUUCAGUGAGCUGAGUGCAGCUUCCUACCAUCUGCUCAAUGUUGUUUUGCACGCUGUUGUAUGUGUGCUUUUCCUGCGAGUGUGCCGAUUGUUCCUGGAUAAGACUUCCAGCUUGGUGGCAGCAUUGCUGUUUGCUGUGCACCCCAUCCACACUGAAGCUGUCACAGGUGUGGUUGGCAGAGCUGAACUUCUCUCUUCAAUCUUUCUCUUGGCUGCUUUCCUGGCCUACACGAAAUCAACAGCUUCAGACCACUCCAUUGUUUGGACUCCCAUUGCUCUGACAGUUGUCUUGGUGGCUGCAGCAACACUGUGUAAGGAGCAGGGAAUCACUGUCGUCGGCAUCUGCUGUGUCUAUGAAGUGUUUGUUGCACAAGGGUUCACCUUGCCCAUGCUGUUGGACACACUGCGGCAAGUAGUGCAGGGUAAAGACGGUUUCCCCUACGCUGUCUUGCAAACUCUGCUAAAGCUCAUUGUCCUCGUCAUCAGCACCCUGCUGCUCGUCAUCAUCAGGGUCCAAGUCAUCCAGUCUCAGCUUCCUGUCUUCACCAGAUUUGAUAACCCCGCAGCAGUCAGCCCCACUCCCACUCGACAGUUGACUUUCAACUACCUUCUUUCUGUGAAUGCAUGGCUUUUGCUGAAUCCCUCUGAGCUCUGCUGCGACUGGACUAUGGGCACCAUUCCUCUGGUGGAGUCACUCCUAGACCUCCGUAACCUGGCCACGCUGGUGUUCUACACUUUUCUGGGACUGCUAGUUUACCACAGCCUGCGCUACAGACACAGCUCUGCCAGGACUGUCAUCAUGGCCCUGUCUUUGAUCGUCCUGCCCUUUAUUCCUGCGUCCAACCUCUUCUUCCCUGUGGGUUUUGUUGUGGCAGAGAGGGUACUUUAUGUGCCCAGCAUGGGCUUCUGUGUCCUUGUUGCACAUGGAUUCAAGAUUGUCUCACAUAAAGGACACUUAAAGAAGAUUUCCUGGUUGAUAAUUGGGGUACUUUUAACUACACAUGCAGUGAAAACAUUCAACAGGAAUUGGGACUGGGAGUCAGAAUAUACUCUAUUCACCUCUGCUCUAAAGGUCAACAAGAACAAUGCCAAGUUGUGGAAUAAUGUUGGCCACGCUCUAGAGAACCAAAACAAUUAUGCAAAGGCACUGCAGUAUUUUCUCCAGGCCACUCGCGUCCAACCGGAUGACAUUGGUGCUCACAUGAAUGUUGGAAGAACCUACAAGAACUUGAACAAGUCCAAAGAGGCAGAAGAGGCCUACUUGGUUGCCAAAUCCCUCAUGCCACAGGUUAUUCCUGGUAAGAAGUAUGCGACACGUGUGGCCCCUAACCAUCUCAACGUUUAUAUAAACUUGGCGAAUCUGAUCCGAGCCAACGAAUCAAGACUGGAGGAGGCUGACCAGCUCUACCGACAAGCAAUCAGCAUGAGACCAGACUUCAAACAAGCCUACAUCAGCAGAGGGGAGCUGCUUCUGAAGAUGAACAAGCUCACAGAAGCCCGGGACGCCUACCUCCGAGCCUUGGAGCUUGACCCCUCCAACGCUGACCUGUGGUACAACCUGGCCAUCGUCAACAUUGAGAUGAAGGACCCAUCAGAAGCCCUGAAGAACUUCAACCACGCCCUGGAGCUAAACCCACGUCACAAGCUGGCGCUUUUCAACUCCGCACUUCUCAUGCAGGAGUCUGGUGAGCCAAAGUUCUGGCCUGAGGCCAACCGUCGUUUCCUGAUCUACGUGGAGGAGGAGCCUGAUGAUGCCAACGGCUACUUCAACCUCGGCAUGCUGGCCAUGGAUGCCAAUGAAAAUGCUGCAGCUGAGCGUUGGAUGCGUAAAGCCAUCAGUUUGCAAGCAGGCUUCCGCAGUGCCCUGUUCAACCUGGCAUUGCUUUACUCUCAGUCCAAACGUGAGGUGGAUGCACUGCCUGCGUUGGACGAGCUGCUGCGUCACCACCCAGAGCACAUCAAGGGCCUAAUCCUGAAGGGCGACAUCCUCAUGAAUCACAAGAAGGACACGAGUGGUGCUAAAGCCUGCUUUGAACGCAUUUUGCGCAUGGACCCCACCAAUGUGCAAGGCAAGCACAACUUAUGCGUGGUCUACUUUGAGGAGCGCGACCUGCCGCGUGCCGAGCGAUGCCUGGAGGAAACACUGGCCCUGGCGCCCAACGAGGAGUACGUGCGUCGUCACUUAAGUAUUGUGCGAAGUAAGAUGGCUGCCAUGAGCGCAGCAGGGCAACCACUUGCUUCAACAGGGGGAGCCACCAUAUCGGCUAAGGAGGAAAAGCAGAAGAGAGUUCAGGGGGGGGGCGAGGAGGUUGCUGAGGUUGAGGAGGAAGGGAGGAGUGCUGAUGCUGUUUUAAGGAGGGCUGCGAAUGAGAAGAAUGUGCGGAAAUCCUCUACAGAAAGAGGGGGUGCGGGCGUAGACCAAUCAGAGUCUUUGGACAGCAGCCAGUCCGACAAGCGGACUAAGGUUAAGUCCACUAAAGAGAUUAAAGAUAUAGAGAAAAAAAGGGCAGCUGCAUUGAAGAGACUAGAGGAGAUUGAGCGCAUAUUAAGUGGUGAUUGACAUUGUCGUAAUUUAUAGCGGGACUACUUUUAUAGAGCUCUUUAAUGCUCAAGGAUAAGACUGCAUCCCCCCUCCUUAGAAAUGUGUACUCUUAAUCAAUUGUCAUUUUAUUCCUCUGAUUUAUUUGUUUGUUUGCAGGCUGCUCAGCAUGACCCUGUUGAAUUAAACUAAUCGUGUAAAAAAGGGAAAUGCUCUGCACAUGAAACUGAUGUAACACUAAGCACAAAGCCAACUUGGGAUAAUCUAUUUAAAGCUCAUGGCGGAUGUAGAUGCCAAUGUGUGUGCUUCAUCUUCAUCACAUAUCAAAGAUCUGGCGUAGUUCUAUUAGUUUUGUUUUCUAUGUGUAGUCAUUGUUUAUCACUGGAUUUUGUUUUCCCACUAAGAAGUGACUCACUCCGGUGUGUUAUUGUUCUUAAAAACAAUGAUUGUAUCGUGGACAAUUAAGGGAAGUGACGUAAUUUCCAGAUUUCCACUUGACAGGAUGAUAUCUGCAGAGCUGGCACCUCAAAAUAACUCUCCACACUACAUCCACACCAGGCUGGUUCUGUUGCGUCCUAAACAUUUUAUUGAUCUGACCAGGCAUUUCCUGCCACUACUACAUUAUCAGCCUGUGCUCACAGCUGCCUUCACUUCAAUUUAAUUGUGAUCCCAUCCGAAGACUAUUAUCUCACUCUAUUUUUCACACAGCCCCAUCGUAUCUUCACGCCCCUCUCCCUCUCAUCGUUUAGACACAACGGCCACACAUGAAUCUUUUCCCUGCUUUUUUUUUAGUAAACUACCCCACACGCAUCGCUUUGACCAAGGCAACACCCAUUUUAUGACGGGCAACAAUGACGCACACGCAUCCUCAGCGCCGUGCUUCAUCAUGUGUUCUUCAUUUUCUAGUUCCUUCCCCUUCACAGUGGGAAUUUUUACAGCACAUUUGCAGAACGAUCUCCACAUUCAUGCUGCUCCCACAGCGAUGAUGAUGUUUGGCCUUAUUGGCACUAACAUCGGGACAUUCCACCUUUUCAUGUUUGUGUAGUAGCCUUUGUAUUCACUUUCACUCGUGAUUAUUCUGAAUCAAAAAUACUCAUCUCUCUCUGUAGUUCCUAUCAUUUAAGACCGAUGGGGGAGCGUACACAAAUUAAAACCCAGCGUCCUAUCAUUAAUCAAUCCUCUACUCUGAUUGAGACCACUUAAAGAAAUGAGGCCAAUAACUGAUU